AUGAUCGGUUAUUCAAAUCCUGUACAGAAUGAACGUAUAAAACGUCGUCAUUUUGUUCUACUUGCAUUAAUAUUUCUCAUCUCAAUGACAUGUUUAUUGAUGGUCUAUAUUUUAUUUCCAAAUGUUAAUCCUGAGGAAAAAGGUGCUUUUAAAAUUCCGAAAACAAUUGAUGAUGCAAAAAUUCUUGGGAAUGUUUUAUAUAAAUAUAGUAAACACCAUCGAUAUAUAAUAAUGAUCGCUUUUUUUCUUACUUACAUUUUUCUGCAAACCUUUGCUAUCCCAGGCUCAAUAUUUUUAAGCAUUUUAGCUGGAUUCCUUUACCCGUUUCCUUUAGCAUUAUUUCUUGUUUGUCUAUGUUCAUCAUUGGGUGCUAGUUUUUGUUAUUUACUUUCGAAAUUAUUUGGUCGACCUCUUUUAUUAAAAUAUUUUCGAGCGAAAAUUAUUGAUUGGCAAAGAAAAGUUCAAAAACGUUCAGAUAGUCUUUUAUGGUUCAUGAUUUUUCUUCGUAUAACACCUAUUUUACCCAAUUGGUUUAUAAAUCUUUGUUCACCUAUACUUGAUGUACCAUUAAAACCAUUUUUUCUUGGUACAUUUGCUGGUGUUGCAUUACCAUCAAUAUUAUUCAUUCAAGCAGGUAAAACAAUUCAUCAAUUAUCAUCACCAUUGGAUGUUUUUUCAUGGGGUUCAAUAUUUAUGCUGUCGUUUUGUGCUAUACUAUCACUGCUUCCAAUUUAUUUUAAGAAUCAAAUUGAAAAAUUUUUUAAAAGUACAUCCCGUUUAGCUCAUCUGGGUGUUAAUGGACCAUUUAGUAGUCUUGGACCAGUUUCCAGCCAUGUACGCAAAAGCUUACAAAUGACAAUUGAUGCAGCAGCCGUGGACAAUAGUGCACGCAUAUCGCCAGAGAAUAAUCUUGAUUUUUAUGCUUAUUCACAAGCGGCACCAUACAGUAUGCAACAAUUGACCGAUGAUGAUCUACUUAUGGGUGGUUCAAGUCGUGAUGAAAAAGAACGUACAAUACCACCUGAUAUGCCAUCUGUUCGACAAGCACGAUCUGAUUUUGCAUAUUUUAUGAGUGAUGAAUUGAGGUAA